CGUAAGUAGCAGUGCCACGUAAGCAACAUGACGGGCCUGCCAGGCCAACUGCCCAACGAGUCCCUUGCAGCCUACAAGCAGCGGUUCCAGGCUCAGAUAGAGGCUGAGGAACAACGCCAGCUGGCAGCCGAGGCUGCCCACGUACAGGCUGAAGAGGCAGCAGCAGUAGAGCAACUGCAGCUACAGGCCGAUGCAGACGCAGAUGCCCAGGCUCGCCGCAAGGAAGCCCAGGAUCUGCUGCAGCGGCAUGAAGCCAACAGCAUCGACAGACUCAAGUUCUGGCAUUUCAAACCGAACGGCGACGAGGCAACACCGGAAGAGAAGCACAAGGAGUUCCUCUCCAAACUCGUGACAAGGUUGUUGUACGCUUGCAACUACCAACGGUCAGAGUUGGAGAGACUGUACCAGGACCUGACGCAACAGCAUCAGGAGUUGGCACAGCUCCGCCGCAUGGUGCAGAGCCAGGAGGAUGCAACUCGGGCACUCAAUGCCCGAUUGCUGGACCUGGAACAGGCUGUACCAGGACCAGCUGCUGGGGCUUCCAGCAGUGCACCCUCUAGCCGCCAAGUGGAGGACCGCGUUGACCACGUAGUGGCAAUGCUCGGCGACAUCAGCACUUUCGCUGCGCCGACCACCACCAUCAGUAGUCAGUUGCAUACAUUUAAGACCGAGGAUUCUGCUCGUAGUCAAGCAUGCGUACAUCGGCGCCCUGUUCCUGAACUCAAAGGGCGGAUGCCAGACCUGGUUGAGCCACCUGGCAACCUCCCACGGCACCGACGUACCAGACUUGAAGGACAAAAUCACAUGGGAGGAACUAACACGGCUGUGGAAGAAGCGGUUCAUCGUCGACGACGCGCCGACACUCGCCAUCAACCGUUUGUUCACCAUGUCACAGGGCAACACAGCAACACGGGACUUGCUCAUGGAGUGGCAGAAGAUUGCGGCAGUGCCCAACCUGCACACGAGAAAUCACCAUUCGAGGAUCUACGCCGUGAGUUCUACAACAGGUCCUGUGGUGCAUUGAGCCAGGCUCUUGGUGAUCGCGAGCAGUACUCCACUUUCGCCGAGAUUAUCGACAAGGCGAGAGAGAUCAUCAAGACCAAUAGGUCAACUGCACACGAGAAAUCAACAUGGCAGUCGACCUAUGUGGAGAAGGUACGAACUGGUCCGCGACAGCAGCACUUCGCUGCAGUCCAGCAGGACAGUGGAGAUAACCCAGCAGCCACUCCAGCAUCAAGUGACGGAGAUCAGGUGGCUGCUGUCCAGCCGCGAAGCAACAACAAGUCCCGCAACAAUGGGAAGGCGAAAUCCGCAUCGCAGGCCGGAAAUGGACAGCCAGUACAAGUUCCAUGGGUCAAGUUUGGCUUGACCGAGGCGGAGUACAAACUCGGGAAACUGAGCUCCGCGGAAGGUGAAGCGACUCCACCUUCUACUCCGCCAGAUUCGGUCGCCUUGCUAGCGGCCUCCUGCACAUCUGGGGAGAACGCGAAUGUCGCAAGUCCUCGGUACACUUACGAGGACUAUGUUGUCCACUUGGUUCCACCGCUGGACCAACCGCUCCACGUGCAACAGUCCACCGCAUGCACGGUUUCAUCACCAUCGGCAACAGAUUCGGCAGCUUCGCCGCAAUCUAUCGCCAGGGACUCGACGUCAUGGUCAAGACUUGAAGAGCUUGAUCCGUUGAUGUUCACGGACUUCCAGUGGAUGCCCGUUCCCUCGACCGGACGAUUGCCGAAACCGCAUUGCAACGUGCUUAUGGCACAAUUGCAGGAUUACUUGCACAUUGCAGUACCAGCUCCGUUGAUGGACGCCGGAGUAGAGGUAGUCGACCUUCACGCUUACAUUGUGAAGAUCGACCGCGAGUUCAAGACGCAAUGGUACGACGACAUCCACGCACCAUUGCUAUGUGUACGCAUUCAGAUCGGAGAGGCGAUCUGCAACGCCUUGGUCGAUUGCGGAGCAUCUCGCAACUACAUCAGCCAGGUACGCGUCGGCCUUGGCCCACGUGUCCGGAGGAAGUCCCAGCCUACGCAAGUUACUCUGGCAGACGGUCAUACACACAAGUCCAUCGACCAGUGCAUUGACGCCGUCCCAGUGCACUUUGCCCCUCACGCAAGUGAGGCGGUGUCCUUUGACAUUCUGGACACCAAAUUCGACAUGAUCUUGGGCAUGUCAUGGCUGCGAAGCGAGGAUCACCCAGUGAACUUCUUCAAACGCACCGUUCAUAUUCGUGAUCGGAACGGAGUAUUAGUUCCAUGCACGGUGCCCCUUCCUCAUCCUUCGAUCAGCUGCCAUGUGGUAUCCGCCGCAAGCAUGCGAGCUUCUAUCAUCAGAGACGACAUCGAGGAGAAGGCGGUGUGUUUUCUCCACGCCCUCCCGCCCCAUGACGCUUCAUCGACGGACUCACCUUCGGAUCCACGCAUCACCGAACUUCUCGACGCCUACAGCGACGUGUUCGAAGGCCCGCACGGAGUAGUACCGGAUCGACCCAUCCGCCACGAGAUCAUCCUCGAGGACGGGGCCAUACCUCCGCGCGGUUGCAUCUACCGAAUGAGCGAGGAAGAGUUAAGUGUGCUUCGGGCACAACUCGACGACCUUCUGGAGAAAGGCUGGAUUCGGCCUAGCUCAUCGCCAUACGGUGUUCCCGUUCUCUUCGUCCGGAAGAAGAACAAGGACCUGCAGUUGUGCAUCGAUUAUCGCAAGCUCAACUCGCAGACGAUCAAGAACGCCGGCCCUCUCCCACGCAUCGAUGAUCUUCUCGAGCGAUUGGGCGGCGCCCAGUUCUUCUCUAAGCUGGAUCUCAAGUCAGGGUACCACCAACUCGAGAUUCGCAAGGAGGGUAGCUACAAGACCGCGUUCAAGACACGGUAUGGGCAUAUCGAAUGGCUGGUCAUGCCAUUUGGCCUUACGAAUGCCCCAACCACUUUCCAAGCGGCUAUGACAACGGAGUUCCGACACAUGCUAGAUCGUUUCGUACUUAUCUACCUCAACGACAUUCUGGUCUACAGUCGGAGUCUGGACGAGCAUGUGGAACACCUGCGCACCGUUUUGGAGCGGCUACGACAGGCCAAGUACAAAGCAAACCGCGACAAGUGCGAGUUCGCACAGCAGGAGCUGGAGUACUUGGGACACUAUGUGACACAGCGAGGCAUCCGUCCGCUUGCGGACAAGAUCGAGGCCCUACGAGUAUGGCCCGAGCCCACCAACACCACAAACGUUUUGUCUCCCAUCAACUCGCUUGAUGAUGCAAGGAAGAAGGAGCUGCUCGCAUUUGUGAUGGCUCUCAAGCGCUGGUGGCACUUCCUCCUUGGGCGUCGUAGGUUCACAUGGGUCACAGACAACAAUCCAUUGACCUACUAUAAGAUGCAGGACACGGUGAGCAGCACGAUCGGACGAUGGAUGUACUUCAUCGACCAAUUUGACUUCACACCGAAACAUGUCCCCGGCCUCUCCAAUCGCGCAGCAGAUGCACUCUCGCGAAGACCUGUUCUUUGCGCUAUGACACAUCCUGCCUUCGCAUUCGACGAGGAGCUUCAGCGACACUUCAUCCGGGCAUAUCAGUCUGAUCCGGACCUCGGCACGCUCUAUGCACAGCUAUCUUCGGAUCACCUGCCGGCCAGCCAUUACCGCAUUGCCGACAGCAAGCCCCGCAACCGCAAUCCCUAUGGCGAGUUACACCCGAUGCCUAUCCCACGGGAACCCGGUCUCUCCAUUGCCAUGGACGUCACCAGUCCGUUUCCUCGCGACCGGCUCGGGCAUGACGGCAUCCUCACGGUCGUGGACCGAUUGAGUAAGUACGCGCGUUUUCUCCCUUGCAAGUACUACUCCACGGCUCCAGAGCUGGCACGCCUCCUGCACACUGGUUGGAUUUGUGGCCACGGUGUACCAGAAGACAUUGUCAGCGACCGCGACACUCGUUUCAUGUCGGCAUUUUGGACUGCUCUCAUGCAGGAAUCCGGCACAACAAUGAAACCAAGUUCGGCUCGACAUCCUCAGACAGACGGGCAGACGGAGCGGGCACAUCAAACUGCUCAAGUGAUGCUUCGUACGCUCAUCCGUCCGGAUCAGAAAGAUUGGGUUGACCGCCUCCCCGACAUCGAGUUCGCCUACAACACUUCGGUGCACCCGGCGAUCGGCGUAACUCCAUUUGAGUUGCACCACGGUGGACAGAAAGGCCGUAUCUUCGCCGACCUUCUCCUCCCUCGACCAGCCGACAUUGACGCUGCCUGCUUUCCCGCUUCCGUCCAGAAGUACAGGGAAUUGCUGACUCAAGCCCGCGCAAAUGUGCACAAGGCUCAAGUCCGCAUGCAGCAGCAAGCCAACAGGCGUCGGGUACCAUGUCCCAUCCGCGCCGGUGAUCUGGUUUGGGUCUCCGCGAACGAGUUUGCACUGGAACAGGAUGUUUCACGCAAACUGCUUCCCAAGUGGUUUGGACCUUGGUCGGUGACAGCAGCCGCAGGCGAUGAGCCCGAUGGCCCUUCAUUUGUGAUCAACAUUCCACAGCAUCUGACGGUCCAUCCGGUCUUCCACGCCUCGAAGCUGGCAACAUACACGCCAGCCAAGAGCGACGACUUUCCGGACCGACGAUCGCAGGACCCUCCUUCUAUGGAUGGCCAUCAGGAAGUUGACCGCGUCAUCUCCGAUCGCAAGUACGACAGCAAGCCGCGGCAGCACAAAGUCACAUUCAAAGCAUGCGAUCGCGACGACACUCGGUGGAUUUCAGGCGCAGAUUUGAAAGCAUCCGCACCGCUGAUGUACGCACAUUAUGAAAAGCGGAGGUUAGCUCAGGAAGCUUCACGACCAGCCCCUCCCGCCCGGACUGUGGCCCCUCCCUCAGACAGACAGCUUCGCCCUCGCAGGUAAGCUCGGUUCUUCAAGGAGGGGGGGGGGKGKCAUACUGCGUAGCCACACGGGCCCUGCAGGGCCCGUCCCGGUCGUUUCAGCCAGAAAG